AUCUGCUUGUGGCAGUUCCUCAAAGAAUUGUUGGUUUGCCCGCAAUAUGCCACCUGGAUAAGAUGGGUUGAUCAACACAAAGGUGUUUUUAAAAUAGAAGAUUCUGUUAACGUAGCCAAACUUUGGGGAGAAAGAAAAAAUCGACCGGCGAUGAAUUACGACAAGCUGAGCCGAUCAAUCCGACAGUACUACAAGAAAGGAAUCAUACGCAAGACAAACAGCUCCAAACGAUUGGUCUAUCAAUUCUGUCCGCAGUAU